ACUGACUGGGGCAGCGAAGGUAACGCUAUUCACCGCAACAUCCUCGGAGGAGUUAUUUGGUUUAAACGUCUAGUGUCGCUAACCUGGCAAGAUGGCUGGCAACAGAGAUAAAGCUACCGAUCAAAUGAAGCUAUGGAAGGAGAGUAGAGGCGUCCAGGUCUGUUGUCACCCCGCAUUUUAUCAAGUGUUUUAUUUUUUCUCUGCGCCGACUAAUGAGUGAGGGGUCGUUUAAGGUAACAAGCUAAUGUUAACGAUAAACCUCCGAAGCUAGCGAGCUGUGGGCUAGCCCUCAACAUUGCAGACCUACCUUACAGAUAUGAUUAUAAGAUAUAAUGUUGAAUUUUUGCACUUUAGCUGUUUGUUUGAAGAUAUAAUUGCUCUAAAGCGCUCUCUCAGUUGAAUGCUAAUGUUGGAUGCUAAACCGCUCUCUCACAGGACAUAGUAACAGUAAGCAAAGUUAACCAAUAGCAAUUACUAGAAGACAGAUUUUAUGUCCCUCAAAACUGCAAUUCAAUGCAAAGAUAAGAAGUAGGUCAUCAUCCAUAGGCCGAACUUUAACCCAGUGGGUUAUAUAACCAAAGCAGAGCAGAACAAACAGCCUCCUAUCGCCCAGAGUAACCCUCACUAUGGCCCUCCCACCUCUGCAAACUUUUUAAAGAAACUAACAUUCAGCUGUGAAAAUAUCGAAGAAAAACCGAGCAAUUAAGAUUCAGCACAUUAUGAGAGGUAAACACACGUUUUCUUCAACACAUCAUUUCAUUAGCACUAUGCACCUUUCAGAAACAUGCAAAUAAAAGAGAGAGCAAAUAAAAGUCUUGUUUUCUUAUAUUUUGGGUGCAAAAGGGAGAAACUUGUGUUAAACUUUAAUGCAAAAGUAAAUGUGACACAUUACUCAAGAGGGGCUUACAAAACAUUAAAAAUGUUUUAUAUAAUAAUGUACAAAUAAACACAUAUGCAACAGAGCUACAUUUCAGAAGAGCAUAGGGUUCUUUGAUUGUUAAUAUUUUUGGAUUUCCACAGAACUGAUUCAUCCAAAUUUAGAAACAUGUCCUUAGCUUUCUUUGCUACUUUUAGAACUUGGACUGAUCCCACUGAGCAUUUUUUUUUUUUUGUCUAAAAGAGGUCCAAUAGACGACUAAAUGCAGCCUAGGUGACUGGUCUAAAAUCAGGCUACUACAGGUCUAAAAAUGAAAGUUUUUUAGACGCCUCAGUUUAGACCAAGUCUAAAUCUGGGCUAUACUACACUGUAUGUUGCUCAACGGCUAUCAUAACUAUUUUGGUUAAGCACUUGGAAAUCAGUUAUGCAACUCACAGUUGCUUUUUGAAAUAAAUAGUUAUCGAAUAAUGGGUUAAACUGCAAUGCCUAAACUCUGUCUUAAAAAAUACAGAAUCUAGACGACUGAAAAUUGGGCCUAAAAAAAACUAGACGUCUAAUAGCUGUCUAUUGCUCAGUGGGCUUCCUACAUAACAAGGUUAUCUUAGAUAGCGUUUAUGUUUUACUGAUUGGUAUUCUGUUUGCAACAGAGGCCUGACACACUCACCACAGGGGCGGGCCAUCCUGUCGGAGACAAACUGAAUGAGCAGACUGCAGGACCGAGGGGCCCUCUGCUGGUCCAAGAUGUGGUUUUCACAGAUGAGAUGGCCCACUUUGACCGGGAGCGAAUCCCAGAGAGAGUGGUGCACGCCAAAGGGGCAGGUAAGUGUGGUACAUACAUGUGUGUUAGCUGUGUCAGGUUGACUUGAAAUAGAGGGUGUUUUGUAGCAUUUCGAUUUUCUAACAAAUGAAACUUUGAAUCCUGAUUGGCUUCUUGUUGCAGAAAGUUUUUUUUUUUUUGUUUGUUUGUUCAGACCCCUCUUUGGGUAAACAUUGCUUCAGUCCUUCACCAGGAUAUGUUAACACCCCAAAAAACACAGCAAAUGCUACUAGACUCAGUGUUGAGAGAUGCUGGCGGAACUGGAUACUGCCAUUGGGUUCUUGCGGUUAAAAAAGUCUGACCACUUUCUUUUUGUCAAGUCUGAUUGGUUUUAGCCAUGUUUUGGACAAUGUGACAAAAAGUAAACUGUUUUAUAUCCCACUGGAGUCACUUGUUGUGAAAAACUGGUUUUGAGCUUUGAUGCACUUUUUCACUGAAAAGGGUAGACUUUUUGUAAAUCUUUAAUUUGGUCACACCAUGUAAACUGGCACUAGCUCUGUGAAAAUCCCAGUAGGCAUUGUUGUAUAAUUAUUAAAGUAAAAAAAAAAGAAAAAGUCUGACUUGUUUUUGUAGUUGUUGUUUACCACAGUAUCUAAUAUUUGUUUUGAAAGAAGCUUAGAGUCUACACAAACCCUUUUAGAAACUACAUGAAGGUGUUUGGAUUAGCUCCAGAUGAAUGUUAAUCUUUGCAAGUUUCUAGAGCCCAGAUCAAGGUCAGAGACUUCGGACAGUGUUGAACAGUAAUUUUUAUUGGCAGGCUUUGGAAAGAACUGUAUUCUUUCCCGCGUCUAGUUAUGUAACACUACACCAGCCCAGACAGUCACUUACAAAUAUCUGAAUCAGACAUGUUAAAUCUCUGAGUAAUAUUUGAAUCAAACAAAGACCUAUUGUAUGUUUUUCUCUUGAUAAUCCAGGGGCUUUUGGCUACUUUGAGGUGACUCAUGAUAUCAGUCGCUACUCCAAAGCCAAGGUGUUUGAACAUGUCGGAAAGACAACACCCGUCGCAGUCCGCUUCUCCACUGUGGGUAAGAAUAACCUUUUUUUUGAUUGUUUUCAAGAUUAUUUUGUGGAUUUUUUUUUGCCUUUUAUCUUGAUUGCUUAUUUUUUGGUUCAAAAAGGAGAAACUUGUGUUGAACUUUAAUGCAAGUAAAGGUGACACAUUACUCAAGUGGGGCUUACAAAACAUUAAAAAUGUUUCAUAUAAUAAAGUACAAAUAAAAACAGAUGCAACAGGGCUACAUUUCAGAAGAGCACAAGGUUCUGUAACGCUCCCAUGUGGAGUUUGUUGGUGUAUGAAGUGCCUGCAGAGGACAAUAGACGCAGAGUUUCCUUCGUCAAUAGAGGGUGCCAAAAUUUACCUCAUGCUAUCUGUCAUAGGUGCUUGUCUGGGUAGUGAAGGAUUAUAGCAGUUACUAUAAACCAAAGCGGCAGCAUCAGCUAAUGGUGGGUGGCUGCACCAAGUAGUAAGUCUGCUGGAAACUAACUAGAGUGAUUAUUUUUAAUCUUUUAGCUGAUUUAACAUGUACAUUUCUACUCUAUGCCAGAGUGUAGGAGGAGCGGGUCUGAUUGUAGAGUUUGCUGAAAACAUGAAAAACUGAAGAUUGGCUGAAAGUUUCGGAUUACAUUUACAAAAUUCUAUUAACUUGUAACAUUUGAUGAACAUGUCACAAGAGUUGUUCUGAAACAUUGGUAACAUUAUUUGGUUCUCCAUCAGCUUCAGACGUUUCUGAAAAGUCCUCUUAUUUCAAAAGUGCAGUUUUAUUUUCAGCAAAUUUGCAUCUUAAAAGUUUGUGUCAGCUGAUCAGUUCCUUUUGAGCCUGUUCUUAUAUUCAGCUGUAUCCUGUUUUGACAUGGACAUUUUUUUUUAAUUUUUCUUUUUUAGCCGGUGAGUCAGGAUCAGCAGACACGGUGCGAGACCCCCGAGGCUUUGCAGUCAAGUUUUACACCGACGAGGGCAACUGGGAUCUGACUGGCAACAACACCCCCAUAUUCUUCAUCAGGGAUGCCUUACUGGUAAGUGGGUACAGUUGAUAUUCAGUAUCUUCAUGCAAAUGGACCAUGCAGGACUAGAUGCUGUUGCAGGUUGACUAGCUUCUCAGGACACACAUCCCUUUUAAAAACAGCAGUUGAAUGUGUUGUGUUAUAAAUAGAAGAGACAACCUUGACGUCAUACUGCACUCAGAAAACCAUCAAAGACAUUUUAUAACCAUAUGUCUCUGUUCUAAUCACUCUUUACACUAUGAAGUUCCCGUCCUUCAUCCACUCCCAGAAGCGCAAUCCUCAGACCCACAUGAAAGACCCCGACAUGGUGUGGGACUUCUGGAGCUUGAGGCCUGAGAGUCUGCAUCAGGUUAGUAGUAUUAUGUUGUUAUGAUGUUUCCCUGUCACUUCUUUGCUUUAUAAUGAUCCACUUAAGUGAAAUGAUCGUUCAGUGGAUGACAUUGGCUGAAGUGAACUCUUCAGGACUUGUUCAGUCUUUGGUCUCGUUUACCUUGUGCAGGUGUCUUUCUUGUUCAGCGAUCGGGGCCUACCUGAUGGAUACCGUCACAUGAACGGCUACGGCUCUCACACCUUCAAACUUGUCAAUGCUGAUGGCGAGUGUGUCUACUGCAAGUUUCACUACAAGGUCUGGUGAAGGCCCUUAUUGAUUGUAUAGACCUACCUCCUGAGACUUUGGUCUUCCUUUUUUAAUUUAAGUCCUUUGUUUUGUUUGUCAGACCGAUCAAGGCAUAAAGAAUCUGCCAGUGGAGGAGGCGGACCACCUGGCUUCUACUAACCCAGAUUACGCCAUCGGGGACUUGUUCAAUGCCAUCGCAGAGGGAAACUACCCAUCCUGGACUUUUUACAUCCAGGUCAUGACCUUCGAGCAGGCCGAGAAGUUCCAAUUCAACCCUUUUGAUCUUACCAAGGUACCACACCCCUUUAAAGCAGUUAUGCUAAAAGGAUGAGGCUCAACCUUGUCACAGGCGUCUCUGUUUGUUGAUAGUCUUAUCAGCAGUUCUUAACUGAUUAUCAAGCAGCAGCUUCAAGAUCAGAAGAAAAACAGCUCAAGACAUUUUUUUACUGAGCAGGACAAAUGGAUAUUAAUGUCUGUGAAAAUUGUAGAAGUUUACCACAAUGCUAUCAAAAUGUCCUUAAGCAAAUAUGAUCUUGAAAGUCUUGUUUUAUUAUAACCUAGUUCUGGAGUUAAGUUGGUUUUAUUCUUUUUUGUGAGGUCUUGAGCUGUCUAAGAAAUAAAAUCAGAGUUCAUGUCAAAGUAGCGAUGGCUCUCCUUUGGAGACAACAACAUGUGUUUAGAUUUGGAAAUAAACUAGAUGAGUAGAAGAGCUCUUGCAAACAACCACAAGACAAACACUCUCCUGUGUGUGUCAUUGGACCCAUUCCUGAGGACGGUGCAGUGUUUUUAUUUUCUUCUAAUGGAGGUUUCUCCUGCAGGUUUGGUCACACAAAGAGUACCCUCUGAUCCCUGUGGGUAGAUUUGUGCUCAAUAGAAACCCAGUGAACUACUUUGCCGAGGUGGAGCAGCUGGCCUUCGAUCCCAGCAACAUGCCACCAGGCAUCGAGGCGAGCCCAGAUAAGAUGUUGCAGGUAAACACCAUACCACUUGACAUGUUUAACAGGAAGCCUGAAUUAAACUAAGUAACAAUAUAAUCAAAUAAAUACUAGUUACUGACCCCUUAAAGGUUUUUCCACAGAACUCAUACUGGACUUAGUUCUGGUAUUAAUGUGCAUCUUGUGCACUCAUUCCUUGAAAGCACAGACUCCUCCAGUUUAACCGGUCUCUGACUUGUGUGUCUCCCAUCCUCUAGGGUCGUCUUUUCUCCUACCCAGACACUCAUCGACACCGACUGGGAGCCAACUACCUGCAGAUCCCUGUCAACUGUCCAUUCAGGACCCGUGUGUCCAACUACCAGCGCGACGGUCCAAUGUGCAUGUUUGACAACCAAGGUAGGUCGUAGUCCAGGCGGUGUGUGAUGUGAUAUAAGGUACAAGCACAAAAGCUUAACCAUUCAUAGAGAAGCAAUACAAAGAGUUCCCAUACAGAUGUCACCAUUUAUGCCAUAUCUAACACAUCAACACAAUAAACACAUCUUUGACUGUAAUUCAUUCAUCUUAUCUGAACUUCAAUAAUCUCGGCUCUAUCAUGUACUCUUUUAAGAAGUAGAUCGUGUUGUUCAGGACGUGCUGAGUUCACGGCAACAGCUGCUUGACACACUCAUGUUUGCUCUGACUGGCCUCUAGGUGGAGCUCCAAACUAUUACCCCAACAGCUUCAGUGCACCUGACACCCAGCCUCGGUUUGUGGAGUCCAAGUUCAAGGUAUCUCCAGAUGUGGGCCGUUACAACAGUGCAGAUGAAGACAACGUCUCACAGGUAAAAACAGCUUUACUGUAGCCAUAGCAACUGAGAGAGGAUCAUUUUUGGAGUAGUAUUAGGAAGAUUUAAGGGUGAGAAAACUGUAGCCAUAGCAACUGAGAGAGGAUCAUUUUUGGAGUAGUAUUAGGAAGAUUUAAGGGUGAGAAAACUGGUCACUUCUCUUUUUUACCACAGACACAAUUAGGAGAUGUUUAGAUGAGUAUGUAGAAAGAGGUACAUUUAUACACUUUAUACACUUCUUCCUAUUGAAGCUGAAAAAGGAACAAUAGAACUCUUCUCGUCUAUUGUGAAUGUGCUAAUUUUUGUAUCAGUUAUCCCAAAGUACACCCCCCCCCUCAACACACACGCACAUGCACACAUCCACACACCACCACCACCUCCACCAAUAUGCUGUGCGUUUCCCACACUCCACCAAACCUCAAACAGCAAAACUCACAGCUUCAGAGCUUGACACAGCAUGUCAGUAUUAUGUUCACAGGUCUCCUCUCUGCCACAAGUGGCCAGUGAAAUAAACUGAAACUGCUUUGGAUUAGACAAAGAAUGAAAUGUUUGAAACUGAAUAAAAAUAUAAAAGCAGCACUUUCGUUUUUGCUCCCAUUUUUCAUGAGCUGAACUCAAAGAACAAAGACUUUUUCUGUGUACACAAUAGGCAGAUUUCUCUCAAACAUUGUUCACAAAUUUGUCUCGAUCUGUGUUAGUGAGCUCUUCUCCUUUGCUGAGAUAAUCCAACCACCUCACUGGUGUGGCAUGUUUUGUGUACAUAGAAAAAGUCUUAGAUCUUUGAGUUCAGCUCAUGAAAAAAGGGAGCAAAAACACAGGAGGAGUUGCGUUUAUAUUUUUAGUGUAAUUCAGUCAAUAUUUAAAUCAAGAUACUUUUCAGUAUAUUUUUAUGUUAAGUGAGGCUACAAAGUCUGUAAUGAAUAAACCUAAACAAAUAUUUUCACUCACAUUGAAUUUGAUUUGAUUUACUUUCACCAGAUUUUUAUUGUUUUUUUUUUAACUAAAUAUAAAUGCAGUAAAUUUUAUCAACUCAGACACGGUCUUUCUUGUUUUUUGAUUGAAUUGCAGGUUCGGACCUUCUACACCCAGGUGCUGAAUGAGGAGGAGAGGCAGAGACUGUGCCAGAACAUGGCCGGGGCCCUGAAAGGAGCUCAGCUCUUCAUCCAAAAGCGUAUGGUGAGUCAUACAUGAUUGCAUGAUUUUAUGAAGAAUGGAAGACCCACUGUUUAAAUCAAUACACAUAUCCUUUAACAUAAACAGUGCACCAUGGGAAAAUAUAUUGUAAGUAAAGAUGUCAGUAACUUCUUGGCCAGUAAAUAAAUGCAGUGCGUUGUGGGAUGUUGCAUGCUUCAACCACAAUUGUAUCUGUCUGUGUAUCAACUGUCAGUCUGGUUUCAGUGGUUUUGGGGGAGGAGGAAUGUAAUAUCCUGCUUUUUUUAAUCAGUGAGUUUAAAGUUCUGUACCAAACACAAAGAUGUGAUCACUUACACACACUUUAAGGUGAUCAGUAUUUCAAUUCAAAAGUGUGUCUAUAUAUAGAUAUUUCUAUUAUGUCGCUCUUAAAAAUAUGUGUGUUAAUUUGUUUGUUUACCCCUUUUUGCAGAGGACCUCGGAUGUCUACUGAAAUAAAUAGGUUCAUUUUUUAUAUUUAGUAGCGUUUAUUAAUUGUGGAAAUAAGCAGUAAGAGUCAAACUUGUGUUCUUGGAGCUUUUAACAGUGACAGAUUUUUAACAAAUGGUUACAAUAUACAAGAGAUUUAGUUUUCCAACAAGCUGUAUAAGCAGUGCCUGCCUUCUGAUGAUGAUAUGUGAGGUCUAUAAUGAUUUAAGUUUGAAUAUUGGUAAUAUGACCCUGUAGUCAAUAAACACAAGCUAAAUCCCUCAGUUUGGUGUCAAUGUGCAUCUGAAAACUGUGACCAGUUUGGACUUACCUGACCCAGUUUUACUGGGCAGUUUUUAUAAUUUCUAGUCCUCCAAAGUACAGAAGUCAGACAUUAUUAGAGUAACAAUCAAGCCUUUUCCGCUCAGAUUGUUGUGUUAAUUUCCAUCAUGCGUCACUCACCCACCUACCCUAACCAUUUACAGGUCACCACAACCACAUGCUGUGUGAGACAUUAACCACCUGCAAAAAUGCUGCACGCUCUUUGUUACAGCUUUAUCAAACUAGAGAGCCACUCUGACAAGGAAGUUCCACACAUUGUGAGCCUUUAAAAGGUCUAAAAAAGAUUUUAAAAUCUUGGUUUGGGGUGCAGAAGAACAGUUUUAACUGUUUUUAAAGAAGUAACAGUAAAGAACCAGCAAUGCAGGCAUCAAAAACUGCAUUUAGGUCCUAUAUAUACAUAAAAUCAAUCAUUUUUGGUUCAUGCAGGUGGAGAACUUGAAGGCAGUCCAUCCAGACUAUGGAAACAGGGUCCAGACCCUUCUCAGCAAGUUCAACAGUGAGGCCCAGAAGGUAAACAGUUACUGUCUGAUCCAAAAAAUCGAUGUUUCCUUUCAGCUGCCCUCAUGUCCCAAGAUAAAUGUAUAAACAUAUAUUUUAUUUAUCUGUAGGUACCUUUUUGAUUUGCUCACUGUGUAAAAAGUGUCUUGGUAAUUGUCAGAGUAAAGGCUAAGCUGAAAAGUGAGGUAAAGGUGAACCUAAUAGAAGUGAUGUUGUUGUAGAGUUUCAAUAAAAAUCAGUCUGAUGAUGAGUUAAAGGAUGUAAAACUUGUGACUGUAUGAAAGAUAACAGACAAGUUCCAAAUAUCCUAAUAUUUUAGUGUCUGGUAGCAGCUUUCAUAAGAUGAAUGUUGAAACACCAUUGGCAUCCCUCUUCCUUCUCUUAUUUCCUUGUUGUCUCUCCUAGAACACACCUGUGCGUGUCUACAGCCGUCCAGGAGUCUCUGCCGUCGCUGCUUCCUCCAAGAUGUGAUGCCUUAAAUUUCCACUUGGGGCAGCACCCUCAUGUAUCUAAGAGCAAAUGCACUUCAUGAUUACCAACUGCUUCUACAAGUAAAAAGAUCGGAUCAGUUAAUGAAUGUAGUGACAUGACUGAUAUACUAAAUGGAGGCAUCAGGGUUUGGGUUAUAUUAUUUUGAAGUCAGUCUCACCAAACAGCUGAUUUUCUCUAAAAGACGCCUUUUCUGAUCAAAUCUCGAGAGAUUAAUUUGUUUGUAGAUUUGUUUGCUUUUCUACUAAUUUAAAGAAAGACUGCAAUGGUAUUUGAUUUAAACCGGAUCAAAUAUAUACAAGCCUUAUCAAACGUCUGCCAAACAAAGCCUGGAGAGUAACAUAUCCUUUUUGUUUUCAUAAUAUUGGUUUGACUGGAUUAUUCAUUUUAACAUGAGCACUAAAACAGAUCAUUUCUCAGGUUGUGUGAGUACUGAUAUGUUGUGGUAAAGCAUUACAAACAAAUCCAGCUUUCAUAACAUCUACUUUGAAUAAAAUCAUGCCUGAUGUAUCCUGCAUGAAUCAGGGUUUAGGUUGUAAAAUAUCCUGGUUUGUUAUGUGUGAUUGUUUCGGAGCUUUGGCAGUCUCAGUAUUGUUUAUCUUCACUGUAUGUAAUGUUUAGUUUUUUUUCUAGUUUGUUUUCACAAUUGUCUGAACCACUGCUAUUACAAACAGCUAUUAUGCAUAACCACAGGUUGUCAAAUUAACAAGUUGUCAUAUACCGUAAGUCAAUUUCCUGGCUGUUAUGCCGUUCCUUUAAAAGAACCACCAGUUAUUUUCACUUCAUCAGUCAGUCUGCAGUGCCUUUUUUUUACCAAAGGUACUAAAGGGUCUAUCAGCCACCUAAGGACAACCUUAGUGGAUUCACAGUAAAUAUUUCUUCUAAAACAAACACAAAUGACUGCUUGAUGAUUCCUUAUUGUGAUGUUUUCCUUUAGAUUUAAUCUGACUGAGCUUGUCCCCAAAAAUGAAGCUAACACUUCAAUGUGUCACUUCAAUACACUGUGUAACCUGCUUUUGUUUUGUUUAGUUGAACUCUUUAAUAUAUUUAAUUUUUUUCCUUUUUCAUGAAUGUUUAAGAUGUAAAUCUGUUUCAGACUCUGUUUUCAAAUAUUAACAGCAGCUUUUACUUGUGUCUGUGUCUGCUCUUUUAAAGAAUAUUUCCCCUGUUUAUACCAGCUUGCAAAGUCAAGCUUAAAAUGCAUCAAAAUAAGUGAAUUAAACAAUUUACAUUUUAUGUGUA